AUGUGGCUUAUCGACUGGUUCUGGGACCUUCUCGCCUCUCUCGGCCUCGCCAAUAAGCAUGCCAAACUCCUUUUCCUUGGUCUGGAUAAUGCCGGCAAGACGACGCUGCUGCACAUGUUGAAGAACGACCGUGUUGCCGUCCUGCAGCCCACCGCCCACCCGACCUCGGAGGAGCUGGCUAUCGGCAACAACCGCUUCACGACCUUCGACCUGGGUGGUCACCAGCAGGCCCGCCGUCUCUGGAGAGACUACUUCCCCGAAGUCAGCGGCAUUGUCUUCUUGGUCGACGCCAAGGACUACGAGCGCUUCCCCGAAUCCAAGGUCGAGCUCGACUCGCUCCUGGCUAUGGAGGAGCUGUCCAAGGUGCCGUUCCUUGUCCUCGGAAACAAGAUUGACCACCCGGACGCCGUGAGCGAGGACGAGCUGCGCCACCAGCUCGGUCUGUACCAGACCACCGGCAAGGGCAAGGUGCCGCUCGAGGGGAUCCGGCCUAUUGAGGUGUUCAUGUGCAGUGUUGUCAUGAGACAGGGGUAUGGCGAGGGCAUCAGAUGGCUGUCCCAAUAUGUCUAA